CCAUUUGGGAGGUUUGAAAUCCCACCCGCUUGCGACUGACACAGAACGCUCCACAAAUUUGAGAGUCUUCGUUGUUUGUCUCGGCUAGCGCUUUUUCGAUUCCUACGGAUCGUCUUUCUCUUCGACCGCCAUUUGAAAACAAUGUUGCGCUCAUUGGCAUUCACUGCUUCGGUGGCUUUGCUGUUCUCGCUCGAUCCGUUGUUGGCCUUUGCUCCGAUCCGGACCACAACGAGUGUUGCUUCGCCAUCGGGCGUUUCCAUUCGAGCACAAACUGGCGAUCAACUGUUCGCGGCAGCGCAGGAUGACAAUUUUGAAGGCAUCGAUUUGGUCAAGCUACUGGGCAAGAAGCAGCUAAAGCGCAUGGCGCGAAAAAGCCAAUCCCAUCGGCGUUCCGACAAGCCCGCCGGACCCAAGGCUUCAAUAGGUGCAGGAUUCGUCGCGAAAGACCCCGUGAAGAUUAUCAUCGCCGGUGCACCAGCCAGCGGGAAAGGUACACAGUGUGAAACGAUCAAGGAAAAGUUUGGCGUCGUGCAUCUAUCGACCGGAGACAUGCUCCGUGCUGCCGUGGCGGCCCAAACACCGGUCGGGAAGCAAGCGAAAGAAUAUAUGGACAGUGGAAAAUUGGUCCCGGAUGACGUGAUCAUCGGUGUGGUCAAAAAUCGACUGAUCGAAAAGGAUUGCCAAUCCCAAGGUUGGUUGCUUGAUGGAUUUCCUCGUACACAGGCUCAAGCUUUGGCUCUGGAGGAUGCCGGUGUUUGUGCGGAUUGCUUCAUAUUCUUGAACGUGCCGGAUAGUGUCUUAGUGGAACGAGUGGUGGGACGCCGGACUGAUCCGGACACGGGAAAGAUCUAUCACAUGACUUUUUCGCCACCAGAAGACGAAGAAAUAAAAGCCCGUCUAGUGCAACGAUCGGAUGAUACCGAGCAAAAGGUCAAAGUUCGCCUGGAACAGUUUCAUGACAAUGUGGAUGCGGUCAAGGACAAGUACACCAACAUUAUGGUUACGGUAGACGGUAACCAAGCACCAACUCAGGUUUCCAAAGAAAUUUUGGAAGCCAUCGAAGAGAAGGUCGGAUCCAAGGUUGGAGUAUAG